CAACAGGAAGUAGAAAUGGAGAGAAGUUUGCAAUCACCAGCAUUUAAAAAUCAGCCUGGGAGCCAUUCCAUCAUUGCUGUGAAAGACCCAGAAGCAAAAGGUGGCAAAACAAUUUUUGACAAGAUGUCAUCCGAAAAUGCUCUGAACAACAGCGCUGAAGAUUCUACCGUUGCUCCAAAAUCUGCAAGUGGACUUUCAGGAGGGACAAAACCGAGUGACAAACUGCCCCUGGACUUCCAGGAGGCUGUAUCUCUAAAGGAAAGAAUGGCUUUGUACCAGGCAGCUGUAUCCAAAGCCGAGAUCAGCAACUCCUCCACUAAUGCUGUUGAGGAGGCAGAGGCUUAUAGGAUACCUGGAGGCUUAGCAAGUGUGAAGAACCAAUUUGAGAAGGCAGAAACAAGCUCAUCUCAGAGUGCUCAAUACCAAUUUCAGCAGAAAUCUAUACAGAAGAUGUCGAGCCAAAGUCAAGUCAAGAUGUCAAGCAGCAGCACAGAAACCCAAGUAAAUGAAGUGACUUCAAGAGCAACACAGCAGGAAGCCUUUCAAUUGGAAAAGGUUUCUCAUCAAGAGCAAGCAUCCACUGAGGUUAAGAAAACUUCUAAUGUUACCGAGAGUACUGAUAAAAUUGUGGUCAAUGCUGCCAUGAAUGAGGAGAGUCCAAAGAUUUCUGCACAAUCUUUAAAGCAGCACUUUGAAAAACCAGCCCAAGGAAAGACACUUAUUUCUGGCCGAGAGAGUGGAACACCCGCAAAACAGAUCAAGAUUGAAAAUGAGUGUCAAGAAAUGAUCUGGCCAUCUUCAGCUGUUUCUUCUUCUGCUGAAGCUGUUUCUACAAGUAGACAACAGGAAGCAUAUAUGGUGAGGAAAACCAAGCACACAUCUGCUGCCUCAGCAGCAGCCUGCUGCACCUCUUCUAAGUAUGGGAGUACAGAGGAAUUUCCUCCUCCACCAUCUCCAGACUUACUACAGGCUCCAUCUGAAAUGACAGAGUUUUCCCAGUCCCCUGAACCCUCUCCCUCUCCAUCAAAGCAACCCUUCCCCAAAGAUUUUUAUUCUAAGCAAAGAAAUCUUUAUGAGUUGAAGCGUUUAUACAAGCAUAUUCACCCAGAACUGAGAAAAAACCUGGAAAAGGAUUACUUCAACGACAUUUCUGAGAUAGUGUCUAGUAGCAACACUGAAACAGGUACCUCACUAGCAGGAGAUGUACGUCAGGCUCGAUACAUGUUUGAAAAUUCAGAAAGCAGCCCUCAAAAAUGCAUGAGCCCAGAAAGGGAAUAUUUGGAAUGGGAUGAAAUUCUCAAAGGGGAGGUCCAAUCGAUGAGGUGGAUCUUUGAGAAUCAGCCCCUAGAUUCAAUCAGAGAUGAAUCCCCUGAUCCAAAUGAUGUUAAAAGCAUUGGAGAUCAAGAAAUAAUUGCAGGUGGAGAUGUUAAGUAUACUACUUGGAUGUUUGAAACACAACCCAUGGAUUCACUGGGCGCACAUACUUCAGAGAGCCCAGAAAAUGCAGACGGAGUUCCUGAACUUGCUUGUGGAGAUGUCCGCACAGCCACUUGGAUGUUUGAAACUCAGCCAUUGGACUCAAUGAAUAAAAUUCACCACGAAACAGAAGAAGACUCUGAAGAAUCUUGCUUUAAGGAAAUCACUGGUGGAGAUGUGAAAACAGUGAAGUACAUGUUUGAAACACAGCAUUUGGAUAGCCUGGGGCAGCUUUAUUCAGUGGAUGAAACUAAAUUGCUGCAGCUCAGAUCUGAACUAAAGGAGAUUAAAGGGGAUGUGAAGAGAAGUAUAAGGCAUUUUGAAACCUUACCAAUGUAUGUUAUUAGAAACAAUUUAGGCCAAAUGCUAGAGAUUAAAACUGUCCAGAGGGAAGAUCUGGAGAGAGGAGAUGUCAGAACUGUACGCUGGAUGUUUGAAACACAGCCUCUUGACAUGAUCAACAAAGAUUCCCAGGAAAUCAAAGUUGUCUGUGGAAUCUCCAUGGAGGAAAGCAUCAAAGGUGAAGUGGGCAGGGCAAAAUGGUUAUUUGAAACCCAGCCUUUGGAUACUAUUAAAGAGGAAUAUGAAGAAACCGUUGUGGAGAAAGAAGCCAUUCUAGGCACAGAUGUCUGCAAAAAAUGUUGGCUUUUUGAGACCCAGCCUCUUGAUACCCUAAAAGAAAGGGAAGAUGCAAAUCCUUUGCCCUCAGAAGAAAUAAUAGGAGGAGAUGUAAAUACCACUAAACACCUAUUUGAAACUUUGCCAAUGGAUAUGCUAAAAGACAGCCCAGAUGUUGGAAAACUUCAAAAAAUGGCAGCCACUGAGGAAGAGAAAGGGGAUGUGAGGCAUCAGAAAUGGAUUUUUGAGACUAAGCCACUUGAACAGAUUAGAGAGGAGCAAAAGGAAAUUGUAAGAGCUGUGAAACUGGAGGAAAUUGAUAAGGGAGAUGUGAGCAGCUGUAGACAUGUAUUUGAAACAUGCCACUUAAGGAAACAGGAUGACUCCUAUAAAAUCCAUGUUGAAGGAGUAACACAAGGUGCAGUAAAAUUAAAUAAAGCUGUGUUUGAAACCACUCCAUUGUAUGCAAUUCAGGAUAGACUUGGGAAAUAUCAUAAAGUUAAAACAAUUCGACAAGAGGAGAUCAUAAGGGGAGAUGUCAGAAACUGCAGGUGGCUAUUUGAAACAAGGCCCAUUGAUCAGUUUGAUGAGAGUAUUGAAAAGAUUGAGAUUAUUAGAGGGAUAUCUUCACAAGAAGUACAGUCAGGUGAUGUCAAAACAGCAAAAUGGCUGUUUGAAACACAGCCUCUUGAUUCCAUCAAAUAUUUUGCUCAGAUGGAAGAUGAAGAAAGCACAGAAGAGUCCCAGGCAACAGAAGUUGUCAAGGGGGAUGUGAAAACAUGCAGGUGGCUAUUUGAAACACAACCAAUGGAAACUCUAUAUGACAGAGAGACUGUAGAGUCUGAUAAUGAAGAGAUCCAUAAAGGAGAUGUCAAAACUUGCACCUGGCUUUUUGAAACCCGGCCUCUCGAUGCCAUAGGGGAAGACUCAGAAACAACCAUAAAACUCCACACAGUGGAGCAGGAAGAAAUUCAAGGCAGUGAUGUCCGCACAGCAUGUUUCCUCUUUGAAACAGAGAAGUUAGAAAACAUACAAGGAGAAGAAAGCAAAGAAAUCAAGCGGGUUGUUGAAAUUGAUAUCCAGCCUGGAGAUGUUUCUACCAUGAAGUAUAAAUUUGAGAACCAAUCAUUAGAUUCCAUAAAUUCCAGUUCAGAGGAAGUUUUGAAGAAAAUUAAAAACUUACAAUAUGAAGAUAUACAGAAAGGGGAUGUUUUGCAUUGCUGUUGGCUUUUUGAGAACCAGUCUCUGGACGAAAUAGCAGAACAUGAAGAAGACAGAACCUCAGUAAAAACUGUGACAGACAUACAAGGUGGAAACGUGAGAAAGGGGUGCUUUAUUUUUGAGACCUUUUCUCUGGAUCAGAUUAAAGAUGAGUCUACUGCAGAUAUAAGUGCCAUAAAAACUGUUAGUGAAGAUGAAAUAACAAAAGGAGAUGUGAAAAGCUACAGAAUGCUCUUUGAGACCCAGCCACUUUAUGCAAUUCAGGACAGAGAAGGGUAUUAUCAUGAGGUGACGACGGUUAAAAAGGAAGAAGUUAUACAUGGAGAUGUACGUGGGACUCGUUGGCUGUUUGAAACUAAGCCUCUGGGAUCAAUAAACAAAUCAGACAAUGUAUAUAUUAUAAAAUCAGUCACCCAGGAAGAUAUUCAGAAAGGAGAUGUUAAUUCAGUCAGAUACCGAUUUGAAACACAGCCAUUGGACACCAUUUCAGAUGAGGAAAAAACCAUUGUUCCCACAGUGGAUAGUGUUCAGGGUGGUGAUGUGAAAGCAAACAAGAAAUUAUUUGAGUCUGAAAAAGCCCAAGAAGGCAUGUAUGUAAGAACAGUGAGCAUCAGUGAAAUACAGCAUGGCAAUGUGAAGACAUCAACUUGGCUCUUUGAAACACAUACCAUAGAUGAGAUCAGAGGAGAGGAAUCAGAGUAUAAAGAUGUCAAGACAGUAACUAAGGAGGAGGUGCAAGAAGGUGAUGUUCAGCAUUCAGUGUGGCUUUUUGAAAACCAGCCACUGGACUCCAUUAAGGAAACUGAUGAAAGUGAUGGAAAAAUAGAUAAAGAGGAAAUUCCACAGGCAGAUGUUAAGACCACAACAUGGCUCUUUGAGACAACCCCUUUCCAUGAAUUCAAUGAAAGCAAUAUUGAAAAGGAAGAAAUAAUUGGGAAGAGUGUGAAGGAAACUUUAAAGGAACUUUAUUCUCACAAAGUCGUAGAAACACAUGGCAUUAUCUUGGAGUCAGAUGAAAUUGGAGAUGUCAGAAUGGCAAAAUAUAAGCUGAUGAAUCCGGAGGCUCCUGAAAUACAAAAAGAAGAGAUUAUUAAAGGAGACUUAGCCAACAUCAUAUUGAACCUACUGUCCAGACCCAGUACUGAACAAAAGGAAAAUAAAGUCAAUGAAGAUGAAAAGGGCAAUGUGAAUUUGACCAAACAAAAGUUGCUGAAUAGAUCAACAGAUGUUCACGUUGAAAAAGAAGAGGUAGUUAGAGGUGAUAUACAACAAGCCAUUAAAAACCUGUUUAGUAAGGAUAGCUCUAUAAAACAAGGAAUUUUAAUUCAGGAAAAUGAGAGGGGUGAUAUUAACAUGACAGUCUAUUCUCUUUUUCACAAAAAGGAUGGUAAUAACAUUAAGCAAGAUGAAAUUAUUGGUGGUGAUGUGAAGCGUACUAUUCACAGCCUUCUCUCUUCUGCCAUGAAUAAUGAAAUAUUAGAAAGACCUAAAAUAGAUGACUCUGAAAGGGGCAAUGUUCAGUUUUUUACAACAUGCAUAGAAGCUGGAGCUCUGGAUUAUCUGAAACUCCUCCAGACAGGGACAAAUGAAACAUUUUUAACAAGGAAUCAUGAAGAGGAGGAGGAGGAGGAAAUAAUUGGUGGUGAUGUCGAAGGGACAAAGCUGUUAUUUAAGAAAAAGAAGCCUAAAAUUCAACGGACAGUUAAUGAAGCUGACAUAGUCCCUGGAGAUGUGUGUAAUGCAGUUAAAAUCUUUAUGACUGAGCCACAGAAUACAUCUUGUCAUGUAUGCAAAGAAGAAAUUAUAAAAGGUGAUUUGAAGGCAGCCUUAAAUUCCCUCAGCCAGGCCAUAAAUCAAACAACUGUUGCAGAGAAGGAAGAAAUUAUAAAAGCUGACAUCCUUGCAAUUCUGCAGUCUCUUAAAGAAUCAGCUUAUCAUCUGAAAGAAACAGAAAAACCCAAUGUCAUCCCAGGCGAUAUUAAGCAGGCUAUUGAAUCUCUGGAGAAAGCAAGAGACACAAAAAAUGAAAUCUUGAGACAAGAGGUUGUUCAAAGUGACCUUGAAUCCACCCUGAGGUCUUUGAAAGCAGCUCAGCAGUCUUUCAAGACAGUAGCUAUAGCAGAAAUAGAUGGCAGAGAAAGCCAGACAGUGGUGGGGAACUCACUGGAAGCUUCAGCAGAAAGGAAAAUACUACAGCAGCAAGGAGUCACCAAGAGUAAUAUCAGACAAACCAAUGAGAGUCUGUUUAAGCCAUCUCAACAGUUGGUCAAUCAUGAGGUUAAUGUAAGUGAUGGUUUACAAAAUAAUAUAAAAUCUCAAAAGAAACAUCAUGCAGGGAUGAAGUCUGAAAAGGAGAGCCUCCUCAUUGAAGAUACCAGAGCAAUCCAUCUGAAUCAGAAACAGAGCACCAAGGCACAUGAGGCAGAUAAGAAAAAUGUGAAGGGCUUAUCUAGUUCCCAAUACAAGGUCAUGGAAAAAGGAGAUAAGUCUAUAAGUAAAGUCAGAGACCAUAACAUUGCAAAAGGAGAAGCAAAAUGUCACACAGAUCAAUAUAUGAGUGAUCAAUCUGCUUUUUGUGGCAAUGUUCAAAAGAAAGAAAGAAUAGAAAAAUCAGAAGCAAGCAGAAUGAUGAGGAAAGACAGUUCAUCCAAUGUUGUUCAGUCCACAAAACAAUUUACUGGAAAGAAAUAUAAUGUCUUUCAUGAACAUAAAGAUGACAAACAUUUUGACACCAACCUUCAGGAGAGGACAAAAGAAAAAUCAACACUGUCAACAUGUGAUCACAGGUCUGGUCACAAAGAAGCAGGAGAACCGGUCAACAUGUCAACUUGCAUGAUUUCCAAAGCAGCUGGCCAUGUUCGGACACAAGAGGAGCAACACAGUAGAAAACAAUCUCAGCAUUCAAACGAGGUUUGCAAAGAGAAGAAAAAUAAUGUGAAGCCAAGCCAAGCAGAGGUUUCCAUGGCAUCAGAACAAAAUAUAAAAACCAAUCAAAAGGUCAGAACAACACAGGAAAUGCACACUGAAAUUAAAGAAGCUGAAAGGAAGCAAAGCUGUAAAGUUAUCCAACAAAGUGAGAAAUCCAUGCUGAGGUUUAGGGGAAAGGCUAAAGUGGAGGGUGCGGAGUCAGAUUUCAAAGUUAUGGUGAAAAAUCCACUAAAUCCAAACAAGAAUCCUAAGCGCCCAGAAAGGUCGGAAAUUGAUUCUCCACCGCCUCCACCUCCUCCUCCUUCACCUCCAAUUUCAGUCACAUCCUCUGAAGCUGACUUACCUCUGCCGCCACCACCUCCUCCUCUAACUCAUUUGAUGACAGCUUCUGACAGCCAAAGUUUUCCUUCACCUCCACCACCAAUAGGACAGGGCAAAAUGGAGAGUGAGCAUUUUCCUCUCCCACCACCCCCAGUAGAAGUCAAGGGUGAAAGGGAACUAGCUUAUGCUCCAUCUCCAUCACUUCUUCCUCAACCCUCAGCUAUUCCUCAGCCCAAACAAAAGAAAGAUAAUUUCCUCAAACAUCUAGACAAAACACUGCAAACAUCAGUUCAACAUCAUGACAGCCUUAAAGGCAGCAGAGGCUCAUACAUCAAGUCACAUCCUCAGAUGGAACCUGCGAAAGAUUUAGAAACAAGCCAGCCUAGAACACAUAGAAAAAUCCAGCCAAAUAUUGUUCAGAUACACACACAAAGUGAUGCCACAAAAACAGUGGAAGAAAAGACAGAAAGCAUAAUGAUGAGGAAGACUGCUAACCAUGAAAAGAAAGAGGAAACUAUCUGCACAAAAACUGAAGAGAUUCUAAGGCCCUCAUCAGUCACAGAAGCAACCAAGCUGAAGACAUCACCAAUAACAAGAACAACUACAUUUCCUCUUGUUAGGUCUCCUUCUCUUCCGGCAGAAGCAACACAAAAGAAACCAAAGCUUUAUGUAAGAAAAUUUAAAACCCCUUUAAUGAUUGCAGAAGAGAAAUACAGACAGCAAAGGGAAGAGAUGGAGCAAAAAGAAGCCAAAGAUGUUUGUUUACUGACUAUGAGACGAAACAGUGAAACUUGGGGUAGUUCUGCUCAGAACAAUUCGGAAACAUGUCAUUCCCUCCUAAAUCCAGAAGAAGUGCAUAAGACUCCUCUGCAAGGGCCAUUGCUCUCUGUAGCUCUAGAGAUGCCCACAGAGCCUGAAUGUCAAAGACAAGCCCAAGUGGCAAAACCACAAGUUGAUGAGCGACAGCCGAAGCCAAAAGUAGUAGCAGCCAAUCAGUCUCAAGUCAUUUUGAAAAUCUCAGCAGAGGAACACAGUACAACAAAAGCUGUGCACAGUUCACAAAGCCUUAAUAAACAGUGUGAAUCUUCUCAAAAGAUAGAGACCCAUAGAGAACAUACUGUCCACAAGAGACAGCAAUGCCAAAAUGAGGAGCAACUGCAUCUGUCAAAAACCAAAGUAAUGUCACCUACUUUCAAAGUCAGAACUAUCAAGCUUUCUCCUUUAGAUCAAAGCUUACAUGAAAUCCAUAUGGAUUCCAUGAUACACAAAAACCAAGAAGGAACUAGUAUCCAGAAGCAGCAUAUUAAAGAAAAACAGAAAGAAAAUUUAAGCAAAGCUACUAUUAAAAAAGAGAACACGACAAAAUCAAGUAGCCAUGUGAAUGUCGAUGAGAAAAUGUGCCCAGAAAAGCCAAUUUUAAAAUAUACAAAAAGAAAAGAAGAAGUAAAGGACAAAGAAUCCAGUGAAGUGAAACAGAGGUUAGUUCAAAGGCAGGAAAUUGAGAAAGACAAAAUUAAACAAGAAAGUGUCUCUUCAGUUAUGGAAGGAAAGCAGAGCCAAGUAAUUGGUUUCCCUAAAGAAAAAAAAGUAUCAGCUCAAAGACAACAAGAAGAUGUUAGCAAUAAAUCAGAAAAGAUGGUCAAGCAAAAGAUAAUUGAUAUGCGCCAAGACUCACAGACUUUGACUUCCGAACAAGGGAAAACUCAUGUUUUGGAGACAAACAUUCAAAAUAAAAAACUGUCCCAUCAAAACAGUGAUAUAAAUCGUAUGGGCUGUACUACAGAAAAUACCAACCAACACAAAAAGGUCCUUCUUAAGACGACAGAGCCAAAACAAGAGUUUAUGCAGAAAAAACCAUUAUCAUUCAGUUCCCCAAGAGGAUCACCACAAAGCAACGAGAAAAGCUCAGUAGAUAUAUUAGAGUUUCUGAGGAAACGUGAGGAGGUACAGCAUAUAUUAUCCAGAUUAAAAGAGUUUGAAAUUGAGCCAAAUAAAAAUGGCAUCCAAACAUUUCAGGCAUUCUUAAACGUCAUUCCAGAAUGGCUAAUAGAAAAAGAAAAGAAGGAAAGCUUAACCUACAUUGCGCAAGAGAAUAAUGUGGAAAAGAUGAAAGAAGAAUUACUGAUUGUUAAGGAACAAGCUGCCAAAAUGCUUGAAUCAUGUGAAGAUGCCAUCCAGACAGCCAUGAUUUCCAUGAAACCUCUGAAAUCUAGAAAGGGCACUCUUCAAGUUGGGGAACCAUCACAAAAAGUAAUUAAAGAUAGCAUAGGAUCUAGCAAGAAAGACUCACAGAAAAUGAAGGAGAUUAACAAAGACGUAAUGGCCCAUCAAGAAGUAAAGCAAAUAAUCAGUGCCCGCAGACUGUCAGAAAUCGGAAUGACUUCACCAUCCCUAAGAACACGAGCACCAUCACCUACUUACAUUACCAUUGAAUCUAGAUGUGUUGAACCCUCCCCCAGGGUUGAACCCUCCCCCAGGGAGUUUGUAUCUCCUGUCCAAAGGGAACGCACUCCAGUUCCACCAUCACCUCCUCCCAGAAGUGUGACACCAACAUUUAAGACACAACAAGUGCCAACCUCCUGCCCUUCUCCCUCUCCUCCAAGAAGCCGCUCGGAGCAACUUGCUAAACUGAAAGACACAACUGUGAAACUGUCUCAAGGAGCAACACAAAAUAGAUCAGUAACUCCAAUUCCUAUUUUGGAGAAAAGGUCAGAGAUUGUUAAAUCCCCUGCAACACUCCGGCGGCAAAUCAAGAUUGACACGCGCCAAACUGAUGUUUUGUCUUCCAAAAUGUCCUCUGUGAAUGAAUCUCAUGUAACUGCCAGUGCAGUAAAGAAAAUUAAAGAAGCCCAUGAAGAAUCUGAAACAAACAAAAUACACAUCUCCCAAAAGAGAGGAAACAUUCCAGAAAGCUUGGAGCCACAUAAACACAAUGUUGGCUCUAUUUGCAUCACUCAAAAGUUUGAAGUUCCUAAGGCUGAUUCUAAAGGGCUCAUGCAUACGUUUGAAGCAUCUGAGCAUAUGAUUCACAUAAGAAAGGAGCCAGAGGUACCUGAAAAACUGAAUAGCCAAAGUGAGGAAAAAAUAGAUAUAGUGGUAGGAAUGUUUAAUGAUACACCCAAAACUGAGGUGAUAUCCCAGAAGAGGUAUGUUGAAAAUGGUAUAAUCCAUGGCCAAAUGAAGGAAGAAAGGCACAGAUUAAGCAGGAAUGGAUGUGGACAAACUUCUCAAGAGCCUGAAAAACAAAAAGAACAUUUCCAGAGGUCUCCAAGAAGGCGACAAAGAGAACCCAAGGAAAAUAAAACCUGCAAGCAAAAGGAAUGUGUCAUCCAAGAGCAUUCAUUAGAACCCACGGUAUGUUUUGACACAAAGUCACACAAUGAAUGUUCCUCCACCAUGGAUUCAUUUGAGAACACAGUUGUUGAAUCAAGAGCUGCCGUUUCUACUUCACGAAGCUCAGAUGGGAUGCAGUCAGGAGGAUUCGGCUUCAAGCGUGCACCUCCAACAUAUGAAGAUGUAAUUUCAGGGCACAUCUUGGAUAUUUCUGCUGCUGAUUCACCAGAAGAGCUGCUAAGGAAUUUUCAGAAGACUUGGCAAGAGAGUGAACAAGUCUUUAAAAGCCUGGGCUACAACAUCUCAGAAGCUGCUGAAGCAGAAGUACGAAGCAGCUUCCACGAGGAAGCAGAGUUCAUUAGUGAAACUGCAACUUCAGGGAAAGGAAGCGUGCCUACUUUGUCAAAAGAGAGUUUAUCCAAUGGAGUGCCUGGUUGCCGACAAGCAGACCUUUCAUAAAUCUUGUUUCCGAUGUCACCACUGUGGCAGUAAAUUAAGCUUGGGAAAUUAUGCUUCUCUCCAUGGUAAAAUAUAUUGUAAACCCCAUUUUAAGCAACUUUUCAAGUCCAAAGGAAAUUAUGAUGAAG